AUGCAAACCAAACCAAUCACGUCGAUCUGCGUGGCCCUCCUAUCCGCCGCCACAAACGCACAAUUCGAAGACCCCGAACACCCGUACAUCGCCCCAGGACCCUCUGACCGCCGCUCCCCCUGCCCGGGUCUCAACAUCCUCGCAAACCACGGCUACAUCAACCGCGACGGCUCCUUCAUCACAGCCGAGAGCGCCACGGUAGCCCAGAUGAAAGUGUUCAACUUUUCACGUCCAGUCGCGGCCGGCCCUGUCCCUGCCGCUGUCAAGUACGCUACUACAGGUGUAAACGGAACGUUCCAUCUCGACGAUCUCGCACUGAAGCCGCUGGAUCACGACGGUAACCUCAGCCGUGGAGACCUGGCUCUGGGCGACAACUUGCACUUCAACAGGACCAUCUGGGACUCGUUCCUGGCGAGGUUACCGGAUGAGCACGUAACCUGGAAACAGGCUGCGGAGGCCGGGGCAGCGAGGCUGGAGGACGCUAGGAGGGAGAACCCCGAGUUUGUGCUCACUGCUGCAGGUAUCCAGGCCACGUAUGAGCAGAUGAGCGGUGUUCUGGCCGCGUUUGGCGGGAGCGUGGAGGAUGGCAAGGCGAGGAGAGAUUGGGUAAACGCUAGUUUUGUGGAGGAGCGGUUGCCGUGGGCUCUGGGAUGGAAGGCGUCUGAGAAGGUUCUUGAAGCAGCUGAUUUUGCGCCCAUGGUGAAGGCUUUGAAGGAGUAUGCGCCUGGUGGCGUGUAG